ACACACACAGAGACACCUGUACACACACACAGACAUGUACAUACAUACAUACAUACAUACACACACACACAGAAACGUACACACACACAUACAGACAUACAGUACACAGAAAUACACACGCACAGACACAUGUACACACAGACACAUGUGCAUAUAUACAUACACACACAUUUACAUACACACACACGUACAUACAUGCAGACACAUGUACAGAUACACACAUGUACAUACACACAGACACAUGUACAAUUGUACAGAGCCGGGUACUGCACUCUAGGGGGAGGCAGAGAGCACAGCACACACACCUUGCUUUGCUUUUACUGCGCUCAGCUAUUGAGCAGUCUGACGGCUCCCAGUGCCAAUGACAGAUCUGGCCUGAGCUCCGAGCCUGCUCAGCAAGACGGCCCUGGGGGACACACUCUCCCCCCACCAUAGUUUCUACUCGCCAUUGGCGAGCAGGCGAGUGGAAAUUCCAAGCCCUUAUACUUAUCUAGAGUUCUA